GUUUCGUUCAGGCCUUAGGCAUGAGAUCAAGAUGGCGCUUGCUAGUCAUGGUGAUCUCACCCACUCUGAAGCACUUAGCAGAGCCCUGGAUGUUGAAGCAGCAAUGCCUGAAGACCGCCCAACCCAGACUCAAGCUCCGGGAAACAACGAUCGUGGGAAGAGAAAAUGGGAAGGCAACAACAACAAUAAUAGGGGUUACUACAACAACCAAGAUAACAAGAGGCCAUGGCAAGGAAACAUGAUGCCACAAAGGCAAUGGCAAGGACGACCAGUCAAUCCAGGAUCAGCUGGAAACAAUCAGGGCCAGCUCAGGGCACCUUUAUGUCCCAAAUGCUCCAAGUCACAUCACGGCAUAUGCUUGGCUGGCAGCAAUACCUGCUUUAAGUGUGGCCAGAAGGGCCAUUUUGCCAGAGACUGCCAAGGAAAACCACAAGGAGGAAUGAGAGGGCCGAAUCAGCCGGGCCAAGUACAACCACUCAGGGCUAUCCAAGGCCAACAGUUACUCUACCCACCACCACAGCAGCAGUAUCGACCUGCGGCACGUCCACCGCAAAUUCCACAGGCAAGAGCCUAUGCCUUGCACAAGAAUAAACAAGGAAACAACCAAGGGAAUUUGGCAGGUCCGGGCGACAGAAAGUGAAGCAGAAGAAGAAACGACUCCACGCCAGCUUUAAGAACAAUUGAGGUUGAGCAGGCGAUGGAAUGGAUUGGUGUUGAGUGGAUUUCCCUUUUGAUGUUUAUGUAAUGAAACCUUGAGUAUGCAUCUCCAUAUGCAUAACUCACACGUUUUUCCGCUGCAAACACUCUGAAUUUGUUAUCGUAUUGUGGAACUUAUUACUCCUUCAUUUUGUUUAACUUUC